CUUUGCGCUCCAAGUGUCGAAAAGGAGGUGAAUAUAUAAGCAACAGGCGGGAGGCGCGUAACAUUGGAGAGCGGUGUUUAAAUCAGUUAUCGGAAAUCUGCGCGGUGGCGGUUGGCCGGAAAAGAUGGGGACUACUAAUCCUGAAUUGGAAGCACUGUUCGCGGACAAGAAGCGUGUGAGAAACCCUUUCGUUCCCAUCGGUGCACUUAUCACUGCAGGAGUGCUCACAGCUGGAUUGAUUAGUUUCCGGCAAGGAAAUUCUAAUUUAGGUCAGAAGCUAAUGAGGGCUCGUGUAGUUGCACAGGGUGCUACGGUGGCAUUGAUGGUUGGGACUGCUUACUACUAUGGGGACAACCUCAAACAUGCUUAACACUGCAUGACUGCAAAAGUAGCAAUCUCUGCGGCCUCAAUUUUCAUUCUAAAUACUUAAUGCUUUUUACUACCAAGAAAUGAUCAGUUGAUCACACACCUUGCUACAAAGGCACCUUUACCUCAUUCAGCUCUUCCAAGUUCCACCAUGAAUGCUGUAAGUCAGAAACUCAUUUUUUUGUUUCCUGAACUGUUUAGAUGCUUCAUUCAAUAAGCCAAGCAGUAGCCAUUUUGUAUAACAAAGAUGUAUACAACUCAUGUUUGAUUGAUUCUUGAGUUGCUUGAUGUUCAUCAUCAAGAUAUACAUGAACUCAUUAUUGUGAAUUCUAAUGUUCUUUCUUCUGAAGGGUUGAGCCAUAGGGCUAACACUAUGAUCAAUAAUUCCAUUUGAUGGGUUUUUUCUUCUUCAUAAA